AAUGUCGUAUGCUCAUUUAUUCCACAUCAAAUUGGGGUCUUUAGAGUGCAGCAAGUAAUAGAGAUUAUUGGCCCAGUGGCAGAUGAAGAUUUACAGUCUUCGUCGAUGAAACCUUUUUAUCGCAUACAUUUAGAUUUUAACAGCACCUGCAAAGCUUUCACUAAGAAAGUUGUGAUGAAAAUUAAUCCUGGUAUAACCCCUUUGGUCAGUAAUCCCACGGGACAGUUUGUAGUUAAAGACUUGGAAAAAAACAAGGACCGUGCACCUGUUGCAGUGCUUCAGUCAGCCACGACGUGCCUUCACAAUCACCGCUUAAAUGAAAAGUCAAUGAAGGAUGCCCUGAUAGCCUUUCCCAAUGACAGAUCUGCAAGUAUCAGGUCUGGGGAACAUCAUAAAAAUUUCAGGACGAUUUUCACAAAGACUCCAAGACACGAUUAUACAGAUCCUGAUUUUGAGUAUACUGAAACUGAAAAACUAGAAAAGAAAAUACAUGAAGAAUAUUAUAUGAAGUAUAUUAGAUAUUUAAGAGGUGUGCGCCUGAAGAAACAAGCAGAGAGGGAACACAUGCAUGCCUGUAAUGACUGGGACAUAGGCAUAUGGCCAGGGUCAGGUCUAAGAUCACCUGUGCUCUCAGGAGCGGAAAUAGAAUUGGUGCUACCCACAGACUCAACAGAGUGUCCAAUCAAAUCUAAUGAAUUGUUAAGUACCAAAAAAAUGGCAUCCAAGGAGACUGAGUCCUUGCAAAGAAAGGUUAUCAAAGGACUUAAGUUGGAACCAUCGACUGCCCAUGAAAAAUAUGAUUGCAGCUUAAUUUUGACACCAAAGCAAAUUCAUCAAGUAAUUGUUGGACCCUCUAUCCUUAACUUUGGUAAUAUCUGUGUGAACUCUACAAAUACUCAUAUGCUGCAUAUUAUUAAUAUGCUACCUAUGCAUAUUUUAAUCCAGUUAGAUGUUAAUUUGGAAGAACUUAAGAAAACCAAACAAUUUUCCUAUGUGAUUCCACCUACAGCUAGUACUUAUGUUUCAAUGAUAUUUGAAUCUCAUACCAUUGGAAAAUUUUGGAAAUCAUUCACCUUUACAGUGAACAACAUACCCGGUGGACACAUCCUAGUGAUGGCUGUUGUCCAGCCAGUAAAACUUGAGCUAUCCUCUAAUGAGAUAGUACUGAAACCACAAGGCUUCUUGGUAAAAACAUGUUUUCAAGGGACAAUUAAGUUGUAUAAUCGUCAGAAUCGUUCUGCCCAAUUUGGAUGGCACCCAGUCAACACAAUAAGAGGCGUGGCAUUUUCUAUUCGUCCAGCUACUG